UCUCCUGGAUCCUGGGUGUGUGCACAGGCAGUUCAACCUAGACACUGAGUGAAAACACCAGGAACAUCUCAACGUGAGUCCAGCUGUGCCUGUCACCUGUCACACUGUUUGAAAACUUUCUCUCCUUUUCCAUCGGACGGACCGAGAAUGGGAAACUAUCCGAGCUAGUGUCUGAAGAGGACAUACAUUUAGGGGGAACUGUGCUAAAAUUGUCAGGUUGAGCCUUCAGUCACACCAUUAAGGUCCAGAGAAGGUACAGGAGCACAGUGGAGAUGCAGACCUUCCUGAAAGGCCGGAGAGUCGGCUACUGGCUCAGCGAGAAGAAGAUGAAGAAGCUGAAUUUUCAGGCCUUUGCUGAUAUGUGCAGGAAAAGGGGAAUAGAAGUUGUUCAGCUGGACCUCAGUCAGCCUCUGGAGGAUCAGGGUCCACUAGAUGUUAUCAUCCACAAACUGACUGACCUCAUCUUGGAGGCUGACCAGAAUGAUUCACAGGCUGUGCUGCUGGUGCAAAGAGUACAGGACUACAUUGAUGCCCACCCUGAGACCAUCGUCCUGGACCCCCUUCCAGCCAUCCGGACUCUGCUGGACCGCUGCAAGUCCUACCAGCUCAUCCACAGGAUAGAGAGCUGUAUGCAAGAUGAGAGGAUUUGCUCUCCUCCAUUCAUGGUCCUUAACACGGAUUGCAGCCCAGACGUUCUGGAGCAGAUCAAGAGGCAAGGACUGACAUUCCCGUUCAUUUGCAAAACCCGGGUGGCUCAUGGAACCAACUCCCACGAGAUGGCCAUUAUCUUCAGUGAAGAGGACCUGAAGGACGUGAGGCCUCCUUGUGUCAUCCAGAGCUUCAUCAACCACAACGCAGUGCUCUACAAGGUGUUUGUGGUGGGAGACUCUUACACUGUGGUGGAGAGACCUUCGCUAAAGAACUUUCCUGCUGGGCCGACAGACAGGAAAGCAAUUUUCUUCAACAGCCACAAUGUUUCCAAACCAGAGUCGUCCUCGGACUUGACCACGAGAGAGAACGUAGAAGGGGUGUCUCAGCCACCCAGUGAUGAUGUCAUCAGAGAGUUGUCCAGGUCACUGCGACAGGCACUGGGCGUGUCCCUGUUUGGCAUUGACGUCAUCAUCAACAACCAAACGGGCCAACAUGCUGUCAUUGACAUCAAUGCAUUUCCUGGUUAUGAAGGCGUUCCAGAGUUUUUCAACGACCUCCUGAACCACAUCACCAGCGUGCUCCAGAGCCACAACCCAGACUUCGCCCCCGCCGGCGAGCAGCCCAAAGGCCUGCCGGUGAGCGCCACGGUACCUAACGCCGCCCCGCCAGCCCCCGGCUGCUGCAGCGUGCUGGGAAAAGAGGCCAGUGGCAGCCCCUGGAUAGUAGAAGGUGACGGAGGGCUGAAGGGCCCACGUCAGAGACUGGGCUGCAACUCGGCUGUGUCCCCGAACUUCCAGCAGCACUGUGUCUCAACGAUAGCUACCAAGGCUUCAUCCCAGUGACUGAGCCCCGUUCCCCACUCCGUUUGAUCCCAGAACAAAAAACGGAAGACAAUGGUGACAAUAAUAAUGAAUAAUAAUCAUAAUAAUUAUGAUGUUAAUGACGAUAAUAUAUCUAAUCAAACCUUUUCCUAUUCAGUUAUUGAAAAUGAUGAUUGGGUGUAAGCUUUUUUUUUCCUCUUUUUUUGUAAUUUUCGUUUUGUCUAAUGAGACUUAACAGUACUGUAAUGUGAACUUUUGGGAACUUUUGCCUAACACCUGAUUUUAUUUUUCUCUCGUGAGUUUUCUGCAAUGAAAGUAUGACAGAAAUGGCUGAAUCAGGACCGGAGAAAGAUGUGCCACUCGAUGUGCAAUGUAUGGUCCAUUGUAUCUCUCAGACACACACACACACUCACACACACACAGUGUUUGUGUGCUGAUCAAUAGCACUGACUCCUCUGCACAAAGUGAUGGAGGAGAAAAGGUGGCUGGACAUUUGAACACUAUUCCACAGAGUCCAGGCUGCUACGUGACUGGCCAGCCGCCCGCAGAGGACAUAAUGCAUCUGAACAUGAAUGGCAAAGUUUAGGGUUUAAUUAGUUUGAACAAACGCGUAAGCCGUUUACUUUUCCGAGUGCCAUGAAAUCUGCUUCUGGAAGCAGGAAGGAUGCCUGCAGGAAAUAACAAAAACAUCUCCAGAAGUUAAAAAGAAGAAAUUAAAUCUCCAUGAACAUGAGACCAAGUUUUUUUAAAAUGAUUGUUGUUACACUAAUGUUUAUAGGUGUUUGAGUGUUUUACAUUAUGUCAGAUGCCAGAUGUUAGGUGUUCAACAAACGAGCCGUGUCUUUGUUUGAGUCACUCCAGUGCAGGAAGUCGAGGAUCACAUUCCUUUUGGUGUAUGUGGAUGUUUCCGGAGAAUUCCGUGAUUGUCUUUUCAGAAUUCCGGUGGGAUCUUAUCUUAUGAGAUUUUCUCUCAUCAUGGGUUUGUAAUCUCUUUAAACACACCCUCCACAUGUCUUCAGUGCUUAUACCUGUAAUGUGAGCAAACUACUCUCCUGAGGCCGACUUGACCUAUCGACAGACUUGAGGCUGCUGCGUCGCUUGUCACUUUUCAUUGAAUUGUUAACCAGAAAAUCGUUUACUCUGCUAAAAUGGGGGUCAAAUGUGUAUGUGAAUACCCGCCUAUUGGGUAUUAAUUGUUUUGAUACCAUUAAAUGACAGCAGCUCUACAUAAUUGAGGAAUUUGUGUCAACUUAAUUACCUCUGUCAUUUGAUUUAAUUUCACUCCAACAGCACUUUUAGCAAAUUCAGUGACAGUCCAGUCAAUCCAUGAGCUUCAAGCUUAAAUUCUCAGAUUUGUCUUCUGUUCCAGCUGCUGUAUUUGUGUCGCAUGUUAAAAUCAUUCGGAGAAGAAUUGGGAGAGAUGGUCCAGCUCUUGUUCCCAGUGUUCACUGUGAGAUUUUUUUAUUCCAAUUUUGUUAAUAUCUUUGUCCUGAUAUCUACUAAGAGCAACUUUAUUUUAUUGAGAUUUUAUGGGGGGAAAAGGUUUUAUAUAAAUGAAAGCAUGGGAUGUUUUUGAUCAAAGUGAUUUACUAGAGGAAUAGUAAAAAUGCUGGGUCUAGUUGUACAGGAGGUGUCAAAGGGACAUAUGGGUUUGGGGUUGAUGCUGUUGUCUCCCUCUAGCAUCUAGUGGGAGGGAGUGCCAACCUGCAGUGCAUACAGAUUAUUGCUUUCCUCUGAGCCUGCCUCUUCUCGUGUCCCAGAGAGCUCCUCCUCGCUCUUAUUUCCUCCAUCAGUAUCCGAGGGAACUCGCUGUUCUUCUCGCUCACCCUGUGAUCGUAAAUAAUCGUGUCAGCGCAGCCAUCUCACCAGCAUCUCUCUGGGACAAAAGAAAAACCCAUGAUAAUCUAAAGUUUCCCUGGCCUAGAUGCAUUACAUUGUGAGAAUGUUUCCACAACACAGUUACUGUCCUGUGUAAAUCUGCCCACAACUUCAAUGUUGUGAAGCAACCGUAAAUUCAAAAUAUAAAGGUAUGGCAGCAGGUUCAGGGGAAUCUUUUUACAUCUUAUGAUUCGUGAUUUAGAAACAGUGGCGAAAUUGAGUGUGCGCCUCUGUUCAGGCUGAUAUCUGUGUACACAACUAUAUUGUGUGUCCUAUGUUGUGCUCCUUAUCGUGCUUCUAAAUGGGAAAUAAAUGGUUAAUCCUAUGCUUGGUCAUUUCUGCAACCCAGACUGUGUCAUGCUCCCAGCUUCCACCUGAAUGUUUACGUCUUGGGUGUCUUGUACAGUUUGUGUAUAUAUGCCUAAGCUUACAUCCGUAUAGUAUGCCGUUUUGUAUCAGUUCUGUAAUUGAGAGGAAUCCACAAUUUUGUGACCUUUUUUUAAUUAAAUGGCCAAAACUCCAGGGUGAAAUAAACAUGUGAAACCUUA